CUUAUUAACUUACAGUGGCACUUACUAAUACAGUCAGCAAAUAAAAAUUAAAUAAGAUGAAACAAACUGUUCUAACGUUAUUAACUACCGGAUAAUGGCAUACAGUUACAAAUUCACUGUCAGUUCUGUAGAUGAAGAAGACCUGGUGGUUUUAAGGUGGUGUCAAAAUUAUGUGAAUAUCCUCUAACACGCACCAAAAAGAAAAAAAAAGGAAACAAAUAAAUAAAAGAAAUGUUGCUGUCCGUUGAUACAAUGUUAAUGUUGUUUUUCUUUAACCCAUUGCAAAAACAGAGCUUUCUUCUCUUUUUUUCUUAAACCCGACAACAGUGGAGAGUAAAUCGGUAUCUGCCCCCCCACCUUGCAAAAAGGAAAUUAAAAAAAAGAAAUCAACUUGGAUUGAAAUUCGAUACUGGGUUUCAUUUAUAUGAUUCUGAUCCAACUCUGACUAUUCUUUUUUUUUUUUCAUCAUAAAGAUUAAUGCUUUGUGGUCCUUUUCUUGUUUUAUUCGUUUUGGUAAUUAUUUCUUGAUUGGUUUCUGUAUGUGCUGUUAAUGUCUGGGUUGGAGUCUGAUAAUAGAGAUAUAUCAUCAUCUAAAGUUGGUGGUAGAAUUGGCGGUGGCCUUAAUCGAGAUGAUGACGAAGAUCAAGAAGGAGAAGAAGAUGAUCAUGAUCAUGAUGGUAUGCAAGGUGGUGGACCCAGGAACAACAAAAACAAGAACAAGAACAAGAGAAGAGGAUAUGGGUGUGGCGGGGAUUUUAGUAAAGCAAGGGGAGUGGUCCUCUUUCCAUUCACAAAGGCCAAGAAACUUUUGAAGAAAAAGUCCGAUAAUAGGCCUUCAUCUUCAUCUUCUUCAUUGUCGUCUAGGGUUGCUGUUACAGUUGGUGGUAGAAUUGGCGGUGGCCUUAAUCGAGAUGAUGACGAAGAUCAAGAAGGAGAAGAAAAUGAUCAUGAUCAUGAUGGUAUGCAAGGUGGUGGACCCAGGAACAACAAAAACAAGAACAAGAACAAGAGAAGAGGAUAUGGGUGUGGCGGGGAUUUUAGUAAAGCAAGGGGAGUGGUCCUCUUUCCAUUCACAAAGGCCAAGAAACUUUUGAAGAAAAAGUCCGAUAAGAGGCCUUCAUCUUCAUCUUCUUCAUUGUCGUCUAGGGUUGCUGUUACAGUUUGCUUCCAAAGCUUGAAGAGAGGUUGCUGGAACUAAGUUUUGAUAAAAUGUGCUAAUGGAUUUUGUUUCUUGGAUUUUUUCCCACUACUUUGAUGUUGGGUUCUUAACUGCUUUUGGCACUCAGUCAGUCAUUAAUGUUCUAUAUGAGGAGGACCAACCAAGUGUGAUUAUGUAUGUUUACUGGUUUCACGAGUGUACAUUGAGGUUAAUCUUGAACAAUUUGUGGAGGUCUCAACCUUGUCUCAUCGCCAAUUUUUUUCUUUGGAUGGGAAAUAGAAGCAGCGUUCCGUCACAUUUACUUUCUGCUGUUAUAUUCUUGAGAAGUUUCAAAUUGGUCCCUUGAAGAAUUAUAUUCGGCUUCUGUUAGACAUACACAAUUCACUUCUUAUACUGGAUCAACAUUUAAGGUACAAGCAUAUUCAGAGUAGUGACACUUAGUGGGAUACACAUAUAGGGCAAAAAUGUUAAAGCAUUGUGUCCUAUUGAUAUUGUGGAAGAGUGUGUAUUCUCUCCAAUUGUACAAAAUUUUGUUGUAAUCAAUGAGUUCGCGUUCCUUUUUCAAAUUUA